CAUGGACUUUGUUAUUAUAGAGAUUGAUGGUAGAAAAUUAGUAGUGGUAAAAGAUGGAGAGUACAUUUAUACGAAUCCGAUGGGAACUAGGGAGUUUGAUAAGGAAUAUAAGAAUAGAGAAUGGGAGAAAAGGAAUGCCGAGGAGGAGAAAUAUUAUGCCGAGGUGAUGAAAUAGUUAGAUGAAGAGUUUGCCUAGAUGGAGAAAUUUAAACAUGAGGAAGAUAAUUAAGUGGAUAAAGAUGAUUAAAAUGAUAAGCUAGAUUGUUAAAAAGGGGAUGUAGUGUUGUAGAAUAUUGAAUAUGAUUGUAGAUUUAAGAAUGAAGUUGUUUAAUAAUAGCCCCCUGUUUAAUAAGAGAAGGAAUAGAUAAAGGAGCUAUAGGAGUAGUUGUUUAAGUUGGAAGAGAGUGAAGAACAUAUAAAAUAGGAGAGUGAAUGAUU